UGGCGCCGGCGCCUCCCACUCCGCCCAGGGAUCAGUCCUGGUCGUUCUGAUCUCUCGGUCGGUACUUGAUGCCGCGCGACUCCAGUUCUGUUCGACGUCCUCGGGCACGCGGCCCGUACGCGAUGGCCGUAAAUCCCCCGCGUAUUUAGCUGGGGGCCUGUUCAGUCCUUCCGAAGGAAGGUGAAAGCAUCAAGGGCCACUGACACGUCCUCUGCCAUUUGGCCACCCAGCUGACUCGGGUUGGAUCACGGCGAUGCACCCAUCGUAAGCGUCAGUUCGAUGCACGCAAGCAAGGGGGAGCAGCCGGCAGUGACCUGCAUCACGUCUUCGCAGUUGGGACACCCGUUUCUGCGGAAAUCGAGAGGCGACUGGAUGAGCGAGCAGAGGAGACAAGCGCGGAGCUGCUUUGCGCCUCUCAAGGUGCCGGGGAUGGCUGCCGAUACCGAUGGUCCAGAGAAAAGGUGUGUGUGCGCACAGCCACCCAUCACACGACUCUUCCACGCCCAAUCAAUUCCCACUUCCGAGGGUAUGAGCAAUGUCGGACAGCAACUCUUCUCCGGCGCUCUCUCUGGGUUCGCGUCCAGCGUAUUCCUCCAACCAUUUGAUUUGUUGAAGACGCGCAUGCAGCAGGGCGAUGGUGCGGUGCACACCCGAAACACGAUCGCACAAACUGCGAAACAGGUCGUCGCGUCGAACGGUGUGUCGGGUCUGUGGCGGGGCACGAAUGCGACACUCCUCAGGAAUGUCCCUGGGGUGGCGCUGUACAUGACCAGCCUCACGCAGCUGCGCGCCCGCAUGGCACGGGUCCCUUACUUCAUCCAGGCGCAGCCCACCCAAAACAACGGCUCGGGCUCCGUCCUCCCGAAACUGACGAGCCAGGGCAACCUCAUCGCGGGCGCGGUCACGCGCGUGUCCGCGGGGUUCGUGCUGAACCCUUUCUCUGUGCUCAAGGCCCGGUAUGAGAGCAACAUGUACGCGUAUACGAGUCUGGGGGCGGCGUUCACGUCGCUCGUGCGUCUGGGGCCUUCGGAGCUGCUCCGCGGCUUCGUCGCCUCGUCCCUGCGCGACGCCCCGUACGCCGGGCUAUUCGUCGUGGUCUACGAAGGCGUCAAGAAACGAUCCAGCCAUCUGCUUGAAUCUUCCUCAUUCGCGCAGUCCUCCGCGCUGCACACGACAUCGGCGGCCUCGGCGGGUGUCAUCGCGACGCUGGCGACGCACCCAUUCGAUGUGAUCAAGACCAAGGUGCAGGUGCGCACGGAGGACCGUUACCGCGGGUUCCUCCAGACUGUGCAGACCGUGUGGCGGCAACGUGGUCCGCUGGGGUUCUUUGACGGCGUGUCGCUGAGGAUGGGCCGCAAAGUUCUGAGUGGGAUGAUCGGCUGGACUGUCUACGAAGGCAUCCUGAUGGUCAUUCAGAGGUAGUGAUGCCUAUACUGUUCGCUCUUGUCGCAUGGCACAAUACACUUCACUGCUGCUCACGAUAUACUCAACGGACUUU